AGUUAUUAGCAGCAAGGCCACUCCAUGUGGUCUCCGGCCGGACCGUCAUGGCUAGUUGAGCACCAACCGCCACUGAAGACUGCUGAAGUAAUUAACACACAAUCAUCACAGCCACUGAAUGACUACAGUCCUCCUACGAAGUGGCCUCGGGCUACGACGCCGGUCAAUACUCGCAACACAGACUCUUUUCUGCUAGGCACUUCUGCUGAUUCUGGCGUUUACAUGAAUCUGACCUUUAGCAGCCCUCCUAUAAUCAAUAAGACCGAUCAAAACAGGAUAUCUCCUGGACUGAGGACUCCUACUUCCCGUCCAGGGAUCCAUAUGAGCACUACUCCUUCACCUUUCAGAACGUUUCGUCUGACGUCGUUCGGCUCCCCAACAUUCAGCGAUCGUGCGCUUCGGUUGUCAAACUCAGAAAAUGUUGUCGGUUUCCGCUUUCGUGGCGGAUCGAUUGAAAAGCCGAAAAGGAUUAUCGGCAUGAGUCCCCGUGUUGAGGCCACAGAAAAUUCUGUCUCCAGGUGCCUCCAAAUGCCAUCAACUAGUGACAGCACAAACCUUGACCAAACAUUGCCAAUGACUAUGGGGGAUUUUUAUGACUCGCAUCUGGAGGCCAUGACAGACGAUUCUGGGCUUUUCUGCAACGAUCUCAGCAUGCAGGCGACUUCUACGCCUCUUCGGACUUCUUCCCAAGCAUGCCUGUUCCCUGCGACUAAUGUUGCUCCUGUACCUAACCCGUACGCAGAUCUGUGCUUGGAAAAUCCAGCAGAAACGCCAAUUCUUGCAACGUCCCCAGUUGUCCUGAAAUCGUCACCGCCUACACCAACAUCAUUCAAACGUUGCACUGUUGCACUGGCUGAGGCUGAAAUUGGAAGGAGCCUUGGAGAGAACAUGGGUCGCAUUAUUGAAACGCCCUUGAUCCUGUGGAGGAGGUAG